GCUGUAACUUGCUCUAUCAUCUGCAUUUAUUUAUUCUUCCCAUAAUAUAUGCUUUUCUUUUUUGAAAAUGUUAUUAUAUAUGCGUAAACAUAUAUAGAUUAGAUUAGUCCUGAUAGAUCGUACGUGGUGGUCCAGUUGAGUCUAUGGCUGACUGACCUUUGAGAGGAGCCGUGAAAGAUAAGGAGAGAGAGAGAGAGAGAGAAAUAUUCUUGUAAUAGUUAGCACUGUCUUUUUGUUUGGUGUAUUUUGUCUUGGCCUCAAACAAAGCAAACACAAGAGUUUUGAAUUAAGGUAAGGAUGCAAUUUAUGGAAUUGGAGACAAGUUUAAAUUAGAAUUAUUUUCUUUUUGAAGGGGAGAUAAAUUCAGGUAUACAGUGCUAUUCUCUCUUAUUGAGUUCUUUCCUUUUAGUUAGUUUUAGGACACAACUCAGUUACUCUCUCAACUUCAUUACCAAAAUGAUGCCUGAAGAUGGAUUCUCUAUCCCUUCUACGAUUAUAGGGUUUGUUCAAGAACCAACCACAAACCCUAACCCUAACCCUACUUCAAAUCCAGUGAUGAAGAAGAAGAGAAAUUUACCAGGAACACCAGAUCCGGAUGCAGAAGUUGUAGCUUUAUCACCAAAAUCUCUCAUGGCAACAAACAGAUUCCUUUGCGAAAUCUGCAACAAGGGUUUUCAAAGAGACCAAAACCUUCAACUCCAUAGAAGAGGACACAAUCUUCCAUGGAAGUUGAAGCAGAGAUCGACUAAAGAGGUUAAAAAGAAAGUAUAUAUCUGCCCUGAAAAGAGCUGUGUACACCAUGAUCCAUCAAGAGCUUUAGGUGACCUGACAGGAAUAAAGAAGCAUUUUAGCAGAAAACAUGGAGAAAAGAAGUGGAAGUGUGAGAAAUGUUCAAAGAAAUAUGCAGUUCAAUCAGAUUGGAAAGCUCAUAGUAAGAUCUGUGGAACCAGAGAGUAUAGAUGUGACUGUGGCACUCUCUUUUCCCGGAAGGAUAGCUUUAUCACCCACAGAGCUUUUUGUGAUGCUUUAGCAGAAGAAAGUGGAAGAUUCACUCCAGUUUCAGCAGCCAUUAAUGCAAACUUGAGAAAUGACUUGAUCAACGGAGCUAAUAGUAUUAAUCUUCCUCCUCCUCAUCAUCAAACAACUGUGAUAUCCCAAUUUUCAUCUGUAUUUAGACCAGAGUUUGGCACUACUACUGCAUCUGAGCUGCUGGGCAGUAAUAAUCUAGGGGUCGAUGUGCAAAAGCCAAGGCUGCCAAUAUGGUUAGAUAAUGCCAAUCCUCAACUGAACCCAAUUGGAGUUGGAAGUAAUGCUAAUUCUUUCUUGCCUCAUGAAUUGGUUCAAACACAACAGAUAAAUAUGUUCGGUUCAGGUUCAUCCCAACUCCAGUGGCUCAGUAAGUAUCAAGAAGGAUUAUUUACAGGUUCAUUGCCAAGAGGACUAAAAGAAGAAGAAGGAAGCAAAGGAGAUCUAACUGAAUCUAUAACUUCAUUGUAUUCGAGUAAUCAUCAUCAUCAACAACAAAGAAGCUCAUUAUCAUCAUCGUCAUCAGCUCACAUGUCAGCUACUGCACUCUUACAAAAAGCUGCUCAGAUGGGAUCUACACGAAGCAAUAACAGCAUUUCAUUGAUGAGUUCAUCUCUUUCAAAUGUGUCAAACUUCAAUUCUUAUAACCAGAGAAAGAAUAAUGAUGAAACUCUUAAGUUUUUAAGUAGCAGGCAACCGAUUAACCAAGCUGAGAAUUUGAAUGAAUUGGCAAAUUCUAUUUCUCCUUCAGGUACAACUCCUGCAGCAACGUUUACAAAAGAAUCAACUUUGCUGGGCGAUUCGAAUUCGAGCUCAGUUUUGACGAGUACUAGAAACAACACCACCAAGCAUUGGAAUCAUUUAAUAAUGCAACAACAAGCAAAUGGGGAUCAACAAAACCAUGGAUUUAUUAGCUCAGAUGAAGUGGUAGAAGGAGGUUUAACGAGAGAUUUCCUUGGUGUAGGAGCUGCUGAAGCCGCAAGCAGAGCGCCAUUCUUGCAACACGAGCUAGUAAAGUUUGCAUCUAUAGGUUCAGGUAGCCAUGAAUUUGAGCCAAUAUAGUACACUACCGGGCAGCAUUGAGAGUUUUACAAUAGCCAGAAGAGGUAAGAUUUUUGAUGUACUAUAUAUAUAUGUGAAUUAUGAAGGCCAGCUUAAGCUAGUUUUUGUUAUAGCACACAUAUAUACACUGAGAAAGUAGAACAUAUGUUAGGUGAAACAAAACAAGUAAACUACUAAAGCCUGUUAGUGUACUGACCGAAUUGCUGCAACCCUUGGGAGCAACUGAGUCGACUCGGAGAGGUGAGGGGGCCACUGCAUGUUGGAAGAGACUCAGAGAAAGACAGAUAUGGCAAUCAAAUGGAAGAGGAGAAAGUGAUGGGACCCUCCAUGCAUGUAGUUUCUGUAGCUUCCUCUUUUUUUUUUUUUUUUGUACUUCUAAACUUUGGAAAAAAAAAAAAACCCUUUAACUAUUACGGAUAGGUUGUGACUACAGAGUAGAAGUCACAGCCACACUUUUAGACGACUGGAGGGGACGGCAGUAUCAGCUAAACUUUCCUGUAAUCACAGUUGUAACAAUUUUCAGCAGUCGAAAAUAAAAGGGUUUUUUCAUGCA